UAUAUUAAUUUUCUUUGGUUUAAUUUUUUUUCUUCCUUAUAUAUUCAUAAAAAUUUAUAAACCGCUUUAGAGAGAAAUUGUUAAAAAAAUAUUUUAUAUUUUAAAUCGUGAAAAAUUACACUUUAUUAACAUAAUUAUGGAGGAUAUUCAGUCGAUUCUUGAAAAUGAAUAUGUCGAUAUGCAAAGUAUUGAUAGCCAGUGGGUACCAAUUGUUUGCUCAAAAAAUAAUAAAAUCAGAUGUAGGUCUUCAAAUCGAAUGAAAUCAUCAGUUCAACCACCUCUAAUAAUUAAAAAAAAACGAAGAGGGUUCAUAGAGAAAAAAAGACGCGAUAAGAUUAACAAUAGUUUAGUCGAAUUAAAAAGUUUAGUUCCUACAGCCAUUGAAAUGCAAGGCACCACCAAAUUAGAAAAAGCCGAAAUUUUACGAUUGACUGUGGAUUAUGUGAAAAACAUACAAGACAAUGGAGGUGUGAAAAUUGACGAAUAUCAACAGAUUUUGCAAUACUCACUCAAAGGUUAUAAAGAGUGCACUAACGAAAUACGAUUGUAUGCAAACAAAAAGUGUAAAGUUGAUAUGAACCCUAAUUACAUAAAAGAGUUGGUCGAGCAUCUCGAAUAUAAAAUUCAACAAAAAGAAUAUAUUCUUAACGCAAAAAAUAGUAAUACAAUGUGUACACAGCGCAAGGUAUCAAAUACUAAAGUAGAAAACGAAAUUAAAAAUAACAUUCAAUUAUCGCAAGAUCAAACGAUAUUACAAACAUCUUCAAAUAAGUCUUCACCAACAUCGUGCAUCCAUAUGAACAUUGAUAAUUGUUAUGAGGGAAAUCCUCAAUAUUCUAUCUUGCCUAACUUUGAAAUUAAUCAUCAUAAUAAUGGUCAUCAUUUUUCAGAAUAUCCAUGUAAGUCGAUAGCAGAUGAUUCGACCGAUUUGAAUAGUUAUAUAAAAGUUGAAAACACCUCCAAUAUAAAUAAUUACAGUCAAAUACCACAACUUUUGACCUACAACUCAAAUUAUAUACCCAAUCAAAUUAUCAAUAAUGCCCACGUGCCUGCCCCAUUUGGUAAUUUAUCAAUUAAUAUAAAUAAUAUACCGUAUUCAAUACAACAUCCAUCAUUUAAAAAUGAUUCACAAUCUGAGAAAAAUGAAAAUAUCUCGAGUUCUACAGUGUUUAAUGCCCCAGCUCAUUCUCAAUAUACUUGGGGGCGUGAGUUUGUUUUUUAAACAUUAUGAUUUUUAAUGAUAAAAACAUAUUUAUAACAUGGAAAUCAAUGUGUAUUGAUAAAUCUAACGAAUU